AUGAGUAUGAGUAAAGAUGUGGCAUUCAUCAAGGAGUGGAUGGCGAAGGAAGCUUAUCUACCUCACGAUAUUGAUGACAUGCUGAUACAGAAGUUUUUGCACAGCUGCUAUGGAAGUCUGGAAAAAACAAAGAAAUGCAUCGACCGCUUUUGCUCCACACGCAGUCAAUUGUCAGAAUUAUACACUAAUCGCGACCCGCAGUCUGACAGCAUAAAGACUAUUUUCUCUGUGACUCGCGUGUGUACAUACAAAGCUGGGGAUGAUGAAAUCCUCAUCCAUCACUAUGAUGACCCGGAGUUCGAGCACUUCGCCUUCUAUGAUCUUUUAAAGACCCUCACCGUCCAAGCUGAUUAUUGGAUUAACUUCCACAAUGUCUUUCCUAGAGGACACAUAGUAAUUCUGGACAUGUCGUGUUUCACAUUAAAGAUGGUACCAAAGUCGAAUAUUAUGUACUUCAGGGAUUUUAUUCUCUUUCUUUUGGAAGGAAUGCCAGUUCGAGUACAUAAAGUAUACGGAAUAAAUGCACCGUCAUACUACGACAAAUUAUACUCUCUCGUGAAGCCUGUACUGCCAGCUGAACUAUGCAACAUUAUCCACUUCUUCCACGACUACGAAUCUUUACAUAAGCACAUUGAUAAGAAAUAUUUGCCGGUCGAGUACGGAGGUGACGCACCCAGCACGAAAACUGAGAAUCAAGAUUGGAUUAAAAGAAUCAAUGAGCAGAGAAAAAUGUUCCUGGAUGACAAUUUAUGGAAAGCUGACCUCAAAAUGCGACCGAAGAGCGACUGCAACGCGAUGAAUGGCUCAUUUAGGACACUUUCCAUAGAUUAA